AUGAAGCCAGCAAAGGUGGAUGUGCAGCCUGCCGAGAGGCCGGCGAUGGAGAACUGGCUGUGGGUCAGCGGACACGGCGCGCACCCGGCGCGCGACGCACAAGCCGACCCACUCGCCUCGUCCCAAGGCUCGUGGACGCUCACUCAGCCCAUGUACAGCGCCAAAGAGCUUGACAGCGUCAAGGUCGUGGACCGGCCUCCCGAGACGGUGGGCGACAAGCUCGCACAUGGCGUCGUCAAGCUCCUCCGCCGUUCCUUCGACUUCUUCACCGGCUAUGUAGCCAAGGAGAUCCCGAAGGAGGUGCUGGAGCAGAAGCCCAUCCCCGUCGCUGAGCUGCGCGCGAAGCGGGAUAUCCUCACGGACAAGCAGUGGCUCCUGCGCAUCAUCCUGCUCGAGAGCAUCGCCGGCGUGCCAGGCAUGGUGGCGGGCACGCUGCGGCACCUGCGCUCGCUGCGGCUGAUGCGGCGCGACGGGGGCUGGAUCCACACGCUGCUGGAGGAGGCCGAGAACGAGCGCAUGCACCUCCUCACCUUCCUCACCGUGUCGCAGCCGACAUGGCUCACGCGCGCGCUCGUCCUCGCGGCGCAAGGCGUGUUCUGGAACGUCUUCUUCCUCACCUACCUCGUAGCCCCGAAGACGGCGCACCGCUUCGUCGGCGCCCUCGAAGAAGAGGCCGUGCGCACAUACACACACUGCAUCCAGGACGUGGAGAGCGGGCUCGUGCCCGAGUGGAAGAACAAGCCCGCGCCCCAGAUCGCCAUCGACUACUGGCGCAUGCCAGCGGACGCGACGCUGCUCGACGUCAUCCGCGCCGUGCGCGCCGACGAGGCGACGCACCGCUUCGUGAACCACUCACUGGCAAACCUCGACCAGAAGUACGACUUCAACCCGUUUGCGCUCGCCGAGGCGUCGCCCGAGAUCCGCGGCUCCGUGCCCGGCUUCACGCGUGAAGAGAGCGCAGAGUUUGCGCGCCAGACACAGGCCAAGCUCCUCGGCAAGAACGAGGAGCCGGGCAAGACCGUCAAUCGCUCAAGUAGUUCAGCACUGCAUCUUGCAUCAGCCGCUCCACGAUGCCCCACGAUGGCGUGGAGAGCGCUGCGACCGCAGUCGAAUCAGCCUAGAACAGCCGCGAUCCGCAUCCGCCAUCCGCCACCCGCAGGCCAGGGCAUGAAACACUCGUCAGCGUGUCAAGUUCCAGCUCCGGCAUAA